AUGGUGAUGCGGACCCUGGAUGCAGCCUUCAAGCAACCCAUCCCCGCACCAACCCCCCGCGCCCCACCAAACACCCGCGCUUUCACUUUGGGGGAGCAGCGCGCCGUGGGAGGAUCGGCGAAGAGAGGCGCGCCCGGCGGCGGCGGCCUGGAGCGGCAGCACGCGCACGGGCGGGGGAUGCUGCUGAUGGCCGCGCCGGGGCCAGGCGCCGCCGACCACCACCAGAAGCGGCGGCGGGGGCGGCCGCUGUCCGCCGAUCUGCUCCAGAACUGCGACCUGCCGCCUCCGGCCAAGCUCUUCGGCCCCUUGCCCACCCUGCAGAGGCUGGAGAGCGCGGCGGGCGCGGACAAGCACCACAAGGGCGACGCCGGCGGCGGGGGCAACGACAGCCUGCUGCGGGCGCUGCGGCUGUCGCAGUCGCGGGCGCGGGAGGCGGAGGAGAAGCUGGCGGCGGCGGGCGCCAGCAACGGCGGCCUGGCCGCGCUGCUCCUGCGCGACUCGGCGGCGCUCUCCGCGCACCGCCGCUGGGUCAUGAUGCUCGAGGCCGAGAACUCCGUGCUCAGGGCGGGACGAGGGGCCGCACCCGGCGGCGCGGACCCGGGCGAGGGCGAGGACGGCGGCGCGGUGGGGGUGAACGCCGCGUGGUGGGUCGCGCUCGCGGUCUGCGUCGGCAUCGCCGGCGUAGGGCUCGCGCUCGGCAACCUCCUGCUCUGA